AUGCAGGACUCUCGAGGAUACCAGAUCGCCGUUGAAGCCGAGGUCGACGGCCGAUAUAAGCCCCGUCGGCAGCUGUCAGGAGGUGCGGCGGCCGGCGUCAGAGAAGAGCAUAAUAAAUCUCGAGCGCCGCCGGAUUCGGCCUGGUGGUCGGACGAGAGACGGCGUUGGAUUGUUGGAGACGUGAUUGCGGAUAUGGCGGACCUGGUCGGGGUGGAUCAAUUGGAGGCCGUGGUGGUGGUGACGGGACCGACGGCGGCGGUUUGGUAUCGGCGGUCGGAACCCAACAGUAUGCAGAUGGUGUUGUCCGGCGGUGGUGUUUGUCUGACAGGCGGCGGGCGACGGGCGGCGGGUGCUGACGUCCGACGGCAGUUGAAGUGGUGGUGCCCGAUGUGA